AUGCCGGACAGACAAGAGAUCAUUGCGACGAAUAAGUCGUUGCGUCUGAUCAAGAAUGAAUUGGAGAGCCUCCUCGAGAAGGGCAUCGUCGACGACAGCAUCUUCGACCAGAUCAUGACCAUACUGCCCGCCGAGUCCCCCCUCUCUGGCGCGACCCCAGCAUCCCGCCAGGCCUCAGUCGCCAGCCCGCCACCAAGCCACCACAACCCAAUCUCACCUCCCGUGAAUGCCAUGGCCAACCUGGCCAUGCACACCCCGUCUCCGGCACCCCCAGCGUACAACACCACCGGCCCUCCCUCUCUCCCCCAUCGCAACAACCCACCGCCUCCCCCGCCCCCCAGCAAGCCCAUCAUCGCACACGCCAAGGCCUUGUAUAAGUACAACGCCGCGGACGACCGGGACCUGACCUUUGAGCGGGACGACAAGAUCGCCGUCUUUGAAUAUAUGAACGACGACUGGUGGAUGGGCAAGAACCAGCGCACCGGCGCCGAGGGCAUCUUCCCCAAGAACUACGUCGAGAUCGACCACGCCCAAGAGAAAGCUGGAUACUACGGUGCCCCCGCCCAGCCAAUGUAUGCUCCCCAACAAGGGGGAUACCCGGCGCCCCCGCAGGGCCAAAACCCGUACAACUCGAGCGUGCCGCCCAUGGCCGUCGCCGAGGGUAGUGCUGGUCAGCAGCAGCAACAACCCGGCGAGGAGGGUAAGAUGGGCAAGUACGGAAAGAAGAUUGGUGGCAAGCUGGGCAAUGCUGCUAUCUUUGGUGCCGGUGCUACCUUGGGUGGAAAUUUGGUCAACAGUAUCUUCUAA